AUGUCUAAACUUAACCAAGAACUUAGUAGCAUUUAUUCGAAUGAUACAAAUAAAGAUAAUAUAGAAACAUUUUCUAAAGAUUUGGAUAACGAAAAUGAGGAUGAUGAAAUUGAAGACGAAGAUGCUAUGCAACAAGUUAUUGAGAAAUGGAUUGAAAUGUUAGAAGACGAAGCAACUGAAAAUAUUAAAUAA